UAUGUUCAUUCGUAUAUUUAGCGAGAGUGUGUGGGUGCCGCGGAAAAAUAACGUUAAUAACGUUUAUUGUGAAUUGAAAAUCAAGGUGUUUAUAAACUCUAGCAUCGGCGAGGAUCAGUAUCAGUCUACUUUGGAUUUUUAGCAAAGCAACUUUUCCAAAAAACACAAAACAAAACACAACAUGUCUCUCGAACGUGCUAUUAAGGCUAAGAUCGCUGGCAAGCGUAACCCCCAGAUGGACAAAGAAGCCCAAGAAUGGAUGGAAGCCAUUUUGGGUGAGAAAUUCCCCGCUGGUGUUGAAUACGAGGAACAUCUUAAGGACGGUCAAGUUUUGUGCAAAUUGAUCAACACUUUGUCCCCCAAUGCUGUGCCCAAGAUCAACACCUCUGGCGGUCAAUUCAAGAUGAUGGAAAACAUCAACAACUUCCAAAAGGCCUUGAAGGCUUACGGUGUACCCGAUCUUGAUGUAUUCCAAACUGUUGAUUUGUGGGAAAAGAAAGAUAUUGCCCAAGUAACCAACACCAUCUUUGCUUUGGGUCGUGCUUGCUACAAACACCCUGAAUUCCAAGGUCCCUUCUUGGGCCCCAAGCCUGCUGAUGAAUGCAAACGUGAAUUCACCGAAGAACAAUUGAAGGCUGGUCAAACCGUUAUUGGCUUGCAAGCCGGUACCAACAAGGGUGCCACCCAAUCUGGUCAAAACAUCGGUGCUGGCCGUAAAAUCUUGCUCGGCAAGUAAAUGCCUUCAGAUCCUUCAAAUCCCACCCACCCCUCACUCAAAAUUUUGUACGGUUUUAGUUUAAGUUAAAAAUUCCUUUUAAAAAAACAUAUACA